AUGCUAACUGAGAAAUUGUUCAUCGAGAAGAGGAAAAGUAGCGACAUCAAAGUGGAGGUUAAGGUGCCGACGGAGGCCGUGGUAGGUUCCUCGGUCGAGCUGAUAUGCGAGUGGCGGCUGUUUGGAGGGAACGGACUCUACUCGGUCAAAUGGUACAAGGACGAGCACGAGUUCUUCCGAUAUAUGCCGGAAAGUGAGCAGAGGAUACUCAUGUUUAGCCAACCUGGCGUAAACAUCGAGAAGAAACCGAACGAGAAAUCGAUCAAGCUGAGGGACCUCGUCCUGGCGAGCUCGGGUCAGUACAAGUGCGAGGUCUCCACCGAGGCGCCGUUUUUCGCCACCACUUACCAGACGGCCAAUCUGACGGUGAUUUCGCUUCCGGAGAGGGGACCGGAAAUCACGGGCCUGUCCUCGCACUACGCCGUCGGCGAGAACGUGACUGCCAACUGCACCGCCUGGCCGUCCGUGCCCAAGGCCAAUCUUCGUUGGACCAUCAACGGCGAACUGGUGCCGCACGAGAACACUGUCCAGCAUCCGCCGUUGGCACCCUUCAGCACUGGCGGCAUUCCGAACAGUCUCGGGCUGCGACUAGAGGCCGAGCCGCGACACUUUGAGAGCGGCGGCGGUGGCGGUGGUGGCCUGGUGAAGAUCAAGUGCUUCGCGGAGGUGGGCUCGCGAGUGUACGAAGCCGAGCGCACGGUGCCGAUGGCCUACGUGAAUAACCAGAAGCUCAGCGCCGGUGAUCACUUGCACGCGGCCGCGCGCAGCGUCCGCGCCGAUCUACUCGUCCCGUUCGCAGUCUUCGCGCUUCUACUCCUCACGACGUGACCGCCUAUCGCUGCUCUCGCGUGAGUCGGCUUUCUCGGGAAUAACGUUCUAGCGGGCGCUCGCGCUAGCGCAACCGCGCGGCAGGUUCAGUGUCAGUUGUCCGAUCCUUACGUAUAAAAAGUUAGGCUUAGCGCGAUUAAGCGACGACACGCUCGGGCACGGCGAUCGCACGACCGAUCGCCGAGCUCACGUCGGCGGAGAGAUCGAGCCGCGACCGACGAUCGAGGUUUGCACUCACGAUCCGAUCGCGCUCGCUCGCGCGCGCGCAUCCACCACUCACUCACACCUAUCCAUGCAUACACACACAGCCAUAACGAAAGAUACAGAUUUCGUCGUUCGUUCGCCGAUCCCGUAAAAUAAUUCCCGUAAAAAUAAAGUGAAGGAUGAAAAUCUGGUUGAGACGAGACGAUCGUACGUACGACGGUGCGGUGAGGAGGUAAAUUCGCGGUCAGUUGCGUGACAGUUGUGUGACUGUGCAUUUUAAUUAUAUUCAAUUGAUUUCAGAUUGCGCUGUGUACUCGUACUCGAUGUCUGUUAUUUUCAUUUAUCGUCACGUCAAUUGUUGAGCUUACGGACGUUGCACCGCAUCGAUUUCUGGAUAAAGAGUCUUUCUCUCUCUCUCUCUCUCUCUCUCUCUCUCUCUCUCUCGCGAGAAAUUACGCGUUCGGGAUCGAUACAUAGCGCGCUAGUAAUUUUGUAGACAGGAAGUAGUCGGACGAGCGCGCUUCUCCGCAUAUUUUAAGCGACUUUAUAGAUCAGUAUUCCCCGUUCGUCGGAUACUUAGUCGAAAGUUUCCCCGUAAUUUUCGCAGCGGUGGCGGCGGCGGCGGCGGCGGCGGCUCUCACUUCGAUUUCUCCUUAUCAUAUUUAACUCCCGAUCCUUUUAACGAGUUCCAGGUUGGGGGACUCUUUUAAAGUUCCCAUCGAUUGCGGCUCGCAGUCGUCAUUAACUUCUCAUUCGAGUUUUAAGAUUUUACUGCUAAUAGCGAAUGUCGCAAGCCAGAUAGCAGAUAGCACGAGCAGAAAGUUGUCGUAUAAUAAUAACGAUCGGCGAUCGAAUUUGACGUCGACGUCUCAGGCGCAUUCAUUCGAAAAAUGUCACUUCAUCUCAAAUUUUGUUGAGAAACGGUAGCCUUUACUCAGACUGUACGUUCGAACGUGUAAAAAUUGAUUUCACGUAUCAGACUGCGAUGUCGAUUCAACAAUCAGCAUUACUAUAGAUUCAUCUCUGUGCGAUUUUGCGUUGACUAAAAUCGUCCAACUUGAAUAAACUUGCGAAACUGCGAUUCAUUGAAAUUCUUUAACAAGGAUAUAAUUUGUAAAUUCGCGCUUGAUUCGCGUCCGAUUGUCUCUCUUGGUAUCCGUUCUGCUUUACUACUCAGCACGACAAUUACAGCCGUGGGAUUUAGAUCGAAUCGACUGUACUUUACACGACAUACAGCGUCGUACAGCGGGGUUAUAAAUUCCGGUACAAUGCGUGCAAAUUCCGUUUUACGGCACGCGUGAGAUUAACUACCGAAACGCAUAUAAGUCGCCGUGGCUGCUAUCGUGCGAAACGCGCCUGCGAAUUACGCAUAAAUCGAUAAAUGGAUUUACCGUCCUGUCGUCCCGACAAAGCGAAAUUAAUAUUUCGGAUACCGCGCAUUGCAAAAUGUGAUUAUGCGACGGUUACAAUUACGAAUAACAAUUUUAUCGAGAGAGUGACGAAGAGGGAGACCCUCAGCAGGAUCGCAUGUAUAAAUUAAAAAUUCGCGAUUAUUCCGACGAAAAUGGUUUUUACGUCGGUUUUCGUGCGACAUGAAUAAUGACUCGGAAUAGCGUGGAAAUUUUAGUCAGGACUCGAUACAUUUAUUCUGUCAUAAUGAAAGAAUAUAAAAGCAUAACGUCACGAGGCUCACGCACGAAAUUAAUAUACUAACAUAUUCAUAGUUCAGUGUGUGUAUGUGUGUGUGUGUGUGUGUGUGUGUUGAAUUGUCUAAUCAACAAUUUAUUUUGUCGGGAUUUUAUUUCUUUUUGAUAUUUUUGCAAGUUAAAUUGAUCACAGCGUAUUCGUUAUUUCGUUCGCGAACAAAACUUACUCUUUUCAAUUCGCGCACGCAUGCGCGAGCGUGGUCAUUAUCACGGAGAAUAUUUCCACGCGGUUGUGAAACUGUAUGGAUUUUCCGCAAGUUGAGAAUAUUCGGCGGAAUAUUUGGUGAUCUUUGAACGCGUCACGUACGAUCGUCAUUGACGAGUCCAAUGGAUUUCCACUCCGGCGAGUGUAGCCGGUGCAGUUUCACGUGUCUCGUCGUUGACGACAAAAGGCGUUUGGUUGCGAGAGAAGCGAGCACGGCGAGCGCGAAGAAAAGAAAAUCCUGAGAAAAGAUUCCACGAGGAGGAGGAGGAGGAGGAGGAGGAGGAGGAAGAAGAGGAAGAGGAAGAUGAGGACGGUCCAUUCGACUUCGGUGCUUUUCGGUGAGGACGUUAUAAAGUAGAAGUAAGCGUGGCAGGAAAGUAAGAGAAUGCGAGUGCGAGAGCGAGUGAAACGACGGAGAAAGUGAAACAAAGUUCGUGCGAUCGGGGAAAGAAAGAGACGUGCAAGAAGAAUAAUACAAGAGCGAACAGUAGGGAGACAGAGACACGUUGUGCGCGCGAUCCAAGUAGAAACACGAAGUUUGACUUCGAGAAUGAAAGUAGGUGUGAUAUUCUAGUAUCUAAGGCGUGACUCAUCGGUCUUUCAAAGUGGCCAUCUUCGUGUCGAAAUCGCGGGAUUCCCCUUCCUCCUCAGCAGGUGAUUUUUCAUAAUCGAAAAAUUUAUUUUUCACGAUUUACUUUAUUGCUCACACGAUGCGCAAAUCCAUCGGGCUAUAUCGCGCCGAUAUCCUAUUGUUGUGCUGUUUUUGCCGCCUGCUGCUCGAGAGCGAAUUCUUUAACGACGAGAUAACGUCGUAUGUUUCAAUCUCUCAGAAUUGUAUAAAUCUGAUCGCAUGCGUAUUACACACAUAUGUACACGGAAAACAGACCUUUUUGAUCGACGUAUAGACACCCAAGGUCCGAAAUUACCGAAGAUGGCCGACUUUCGAAGAAAGCGAGUGACUAUGGAAAUAAACGGUAAAACGCGGGGGCGUACUUCAGGUGCGAGUGAAAACGUGAGAAUGAACACGACUGGCCUCGCCGCACAUAUCACAUCGCGACGACACGUUAACACAUGUUCAACACAUGCGCACAAACACACACACACACACACGGACACACACUGCACAUGGCCUCACGUGCGCGCACGUGUGUCUGGAUUAAGAGAUGGAAGGAGGAAUUAUCACUCCUGCUCCCUCUUCUCCGCAGAGUGCGCAGGAUGCGCAUAUAUCACGAGGCAGUUUCCUUUCGAUCUUCGCUCUAUCGCUCAUCGAGCCGAGUAUUAUUAUUUAUUAUUGACUGUAAAAUAAUUUACGAGUUCGCGAGGGACUCGCUGCGUGUAAACGUUGCUUCCGGCCAUGACUUUCGGUGCGUAGGCGGUGGGUAUACGUGCCAUUUAUCGACCCGCAGAAAAUUCCGGCGCGCAUAUUUGACAGCCACUACGGUAGGGAAGCGCCAACAACGAGACCGACAUUUUUCGCACUCUCGCCUGCAUCGUUUCUCCGAUCGGACCCAUUUAUGCGCGUGACAGCGUGGCAAGAGGGAGUUUCGUUCAUAAUAAUUGAUAAACUGCCACUUCUUUUCGUAUACAAUCUGUAGUCAAUCUCGUUGACAACGAUGUCGUGCAACACUUUUAAUCUUCUCAUGCGAUAUUUUGUCGAGAGAAAGAGAGAGAGAGAGAGAGAGAGAGAGAGAGCGGGGGGGGGGUACGACACUUUUUGCACGCAAGAUGCACGAGACGCAACGCGCGUUCGCGCACUAGACGCGUAAAAGUCGAACAGCGGAAACUCUGAAGGAACGGUAAAAUGCGGGGUGACGUUUGUUGUGACGAGAGUCAAAUGCCUCGACGAGGUGAGCAAGAAUCUUCGAGAUAUGCUUUUGUAGGUUCGAAUAUAGAUAUGCACGUCUCUGUCUCUGUUUCUCUCUCUCUCUCUCUCUUUCUCUCUGGAAGAGGAUGUUUCUUCUAUCCCUUUACGUGUUACCGCAAUCAAUAGGCACUUUGCUUUUAUAGGUCUAUAAAGUUUGACACGGGCGCUGAAGUUCGCGGCGGGUGCAGCUUAUUCUCUCACACGCGAGCCGAACGAAACACGGAUUUAUCGCGCUUGCAGAGCGCUUUUGUUAACGAUAAACCAUUCGUCGAUAAAUGGCUCAAGUUUGCAAUGAGAGAGAGUUUGCCUAAUCGCUCGAAAUGUUCGAGUCGGCCCGUGUCGGUCGAAUCUUCUUGCAAUGGUUUUCUCGUAAAAUCGUUACUCAUACGCUCUCGACAGGGUGUCAAAAGCGAUUUAUCGCAAAAGUCGUGCGUUAUUUCUCAUAAUUUGGUCAUAUUCGAGAAAAUUUGGCCCACCGGCCAGUGGGAUACAUCAGCGAAAUUAAUUUCUUCGAUCAAACAAUCCGGAGCGUAACGCCGUAUUAUUUUGACUAAUUCACUCGUAUGUUGUACUAAUCCGGCUAGUCAUUCUCCGAAUGAAGUAACCUGUAUUCGAACUAACGUUCCUCCUUCGUAUUUCAAAUACGAAAUAUCUUAUCGUUUUAAAUAUCGAGUAUAUAGUACAAUUGUGCAUAUCGCGAUUUUAUUUCUACUCUAGUAACUUAGUGUGAAUACACACACACACACACACACACACACACACACACAGUUUUGGCGUAAUUCCGAGUCGAAAGUUUAACUUUACGCAUGCCAAUUAAGUAAUUUACAAUUCAGCUAUCAUUCCUUCCUUUGCGACAUAUUGGUACGAUAAUAUUCGAAAAAUAAUAAUAUAUAUAUACCGCAAAUCUAAUUUUCAUACGCAUGUAUAAUUCGAGCGUAAUAAUUCCACGAUGAUACUCGUAUCGCGUGAGCAGAAGCAUGGCGAUAUCGAAAGCGUUUGUGCAAUAUCGGCCGAUCGCGAACAUAACCGAACGCUCUCAUCGCUGAAAGUUCCUAUAUUUGCUUAACGUUAUUGGUGUCGCGAAAAUGCAGCUGGUCCCAGGUGAACGUCUAAAUCGACACAACGGUAAGAAUUUUCUUCGCCGCGACCUCUCGCGAUCGAUAUCCCAAUUUUACGGCCCGUCGAAUCGCAAAAGCUGGAGGCAGGUUCAAGGAUCCUCUUUGGUGCCGCGCGGCUAGAUCCCUCUCGCGUUCUCCGGAAAGACUUAAAUGGAUUCCUAGUGGAAACUUGGAUGCAGCAAACGGUUUCCGUUUCGACGACGGAAGAUACUGCCAUCGAAAUUUCUGUGCGGGAAUUUCUGUAUCUCGUCGCGCGGUUUUCAACUCGCAGUUUCUCAAUCGCGUUUGUCAUUCGUACGUUCAAAUUACUGGCCACGUCUUAUCGCGGAAAGGGUUUAAGGUGUAAAUCGGAAUAACACCCUAAGCUGCAAUGGCAUAAAUUUGCAUCCGACGUUAACAAUUAAUAAUCUCGCCUUGCAAUAGGAAUUUACCGACGAUUAAUAUUUUCUUCAAAAUACACAUUGUCUGGGAAGGACGCUUCAGUACAAGGAGUGGAAAACUGUAAAAUUUAUAGCUGCAAAGCUAUUUCGGUAGCAAGAUCACCAGUUGAUAUUUCAAUUUUACAGUCUGCCGAGCUCCAAAAUUCGAAGACGCGCGAGACAUCGACUGGAGAAUGUCUUCGAGAUCCCCUCCGGAUCCCGCAAAUUUGCGUCUCGUUGAAGAAUCCUUCACUGGAUUCCUCGAAGAAACUUUGUUACUUCUCUCUCUCUCUCUCUCUCUCUCUCUGCGUUUUUAGAUCUCGAGUUUUACGGAUAGAGCAAAGCUCAAAAUAAAACUUCCGCGCAAUUUAUGACCCCCAAUUCUUUUUGUUUGUCAUCAAUUAAAUAUAAACUCAUGUAACAUUUAUAUCUCAUGUAUACGGUAUACGAUAUACUAUGUUCUCACAAGAUAUCCUUAUGUCCUUCACUUACUGACCGAACUUUCUUACACGUUCUAUAUUCGAUGUUUUUCGAUGUUUUCGAUGUUACAACAACGGGAGAAACAUGCGUAGCUGAAAUCGAUUCAUUUUAAUUAUAAUAUUAUACAUAUACAUAUAUCCUUGGUCAGAGGUAUAUCAAAUCUUUGGCAUUCGAACACUGCCACGAUAAAUAUUAUCCAGACUGAUCGGAAAACAUCUUACAAGAAUUUUAACACGACUUGCAAGGCGAUUCAAACUUCUUAUCAGGAUUCGUUUGUAUCGGAAAACGAAAGAAACAUCGGCGCCUGGCAUAAUCCAACAGUUAUAUACCUUCAAAUUAAUCUGUUUGUGAAGGAGAACGAGAGAGAGAGAGAGAGAGAGAGAGAGAGAGAGAGAGAGAGAGAGAGAGAGAGGGGAACAUAAACACGCAACUACUUUUUAUUCCGGGUCGAUGGAACUACGCGCGUUCGCACAUAUCGUACGGGGUUAACACACAGUCGUAAACAUUCUCUCUGUUCGCCAAUCUCCAACCAAGUGUGCUGGCGAAUCCGAUAAAAUCGUAGAUCGAAGAGCAAAACGGAAUCUCUUUGUAUGGGCGCGAUCGAUGCCGCGAUUUUAUGAGCCGACGACCGACGAAAGCUCGCGAAAGGCUACGUAGUCGAAAUUCGCUCUCUACUUCGCACGUUUUGCCGAUUCCUUUCGUUACUCGCCGCGCACGAAUCCCCGCGUUGCGCUGUAAAAUGCGACGACCUUAAAAAGACCGUUGAGAGAGGCGACGAUCGUACGUAUGCGCGGUUCUCGCGUAUCGUUGUGGCAUUUUUCAGAUCGCGCAAGUUGGUCCACGAUGGUUUCGAUCGCGACGGAUGACGCCUACUAUCGAUCACGUCGCGUGGAUCGCUAUUGUAAGGUUUCCUCCUUUUUCUCUCCCUCCUGAGCACCCUGUGGACGCUGCGUGCGUGAUGCUUGGCGGUAAUCACACUGAUACACAUUCACAGAAGGUACCUUCUGAAAACAUAUAGUGCACACAAAAUGUACGUUACCGGUCUACGAGAACGUUAGAUAGGAGAUUAAAAGUCCCUAGCGAUACGCGUUUAACAUUAAUGUAUAAAUCGUUACAAAAGUAUUAAUUUAAUUAAUUCAAGUGUUAAUCCCCUUGUAAUUAUAGAAGCGCACUUGCGAGCCACGAUCAAAUCUUGUUAGUACAUAUAGUGUAUUCAAAGAUAUCCGUAUUUGAUGUAAUCGUGGAUCGCGAAGGUUCUCAAGCACCUGAAGGAAGGUUCAAGGAUUACGAUCGAGUUAGAUUAAACUUUCCUGGAAAAACUGAGAUUCACAAUUAUCUUUCGUUGCACUAAGAAUUGUCAGCUUCCCGAGGACAAAGGGACUUGUCUAGUGAAAUGAAAUCAAAGUCUCUCUCUCUCUCUCUCUCUCUCCCUCUCUCUCUCUCUCUCUCUCU